ACUCAUAUUGUUUUAUGUAUGAUGUGAAGUAGGGAUGCAAUAUGGUAGUCAAGUCACUAGAAGAUUUAUGGCACUGAUGGAGACAGAGUCUGUGUGGCUCUUCUGAAAAGCUUGGGACAUUUUAUGUUGAUUGAAUUUCACAUGAAACCCUCACAACAUUCCUCCUUUUGAGAGUUGAGAGACCAGCAAAAUCUCUCGAAAGACUUUUAAUCUUCACUUAAUUUCGAUAUUGAGAAUUGCAAUCCCUGUGAUUGGUUUAAACAUAACCCCAUGUCAAUUUUAAUGGUUUCUCUUUCUCCAUAAAAAUAUUUUAUUUGAAUUCUUUCAUGCAGAGCCUUUAGUUUUAAUAAUUUCUCUGCAACACUCCCACUGGAACUUGGCAAUUUAGUCAAACUUGAACAACUUUACAUUGACAGCUGUGGAGUUGGUGGUGAAAUUCCCUCAACGUUUGCUAACCUUCUAAACAUGCAAGAAAUGUGUUUAUCAGACAAUCCUAUCACAGGGAAGAUACCUGAUUUCAUUGGCAACUGGACAAACCUUAAAUUAUUGAGACUUGAAGGGAACUACUUUGAAGGUCCUAUACCAUCCAGUUUUCCUAAAUUAACCUCUCUAGAAUCUCUGCGAAUCAUUGGUUUAUCCAAUGUGAGCUCUUCUCUUGAUUUCAUUAGAAAUUUAAAGAACUUAACUAGCUUAAUUUUAAGAAAUGCAUUAAUUACUGGUAGUAUUCCAUCUGAUAUUGGAGAACUCCAACAUUUACAAAAUCUGGAUUUGAGUUUCAAUAACUUGACAGGCCACAUUCCAAGUGCUUUGUUCACCAUAAGUUCUCUUCAAUACUUGCUUCUUGGAAAUAAUAGUCUGUCUGGUACCCUCCCUAGCCAAAAGAGUGAAAACCUAAUGAAUAUAGAUUUAUCUUACAAUUUUCUGUCUGGAAGCUUUCCCUCAUGGGUGAACACAACCAGACAAUUGAAUCUAGUAGCCAACAACUUCACAUUUGACAAGUCAAACGUAAGAGUGGUAUCAAAUUUCACACCAAAAGAGAAUAGGACUGGGUUGAUUGUUGGUGUUGCAGUUUCUGUCGGGGUUGUCACCUUCACACUAAUAUUGAUAUUUGUAGUCUUUUGCAUGAGAAGGAGAAAAGAUGAUGAUGGAGAGCUUCUUGCAAUAGGACCCAGACCAAACACCUUCAGUUAUGCUGAGUUGAGGGCUGCAACAGAUGACUUCAGCCCCUCAAAUAAGUUAGGAGAAGGGGGAUUUGGUCCGGUAUACAAGGGUAAAUUUUCUGAUGGGCGGGUAGUAGCUGUGAAGCAGCUUUCAGUAGCAUCUCACCAAGGGACAAGUCAAUUUGUUACUGAGAUUGCUACCAUAUCUGUGGUGCAACAUCGCAACCUUGUUAGACUGUACGGAUGCUGCAUUGAAGGAAGCAAACGCCUCCUUGUUUAUGAGUAUCUUGAGAACAAAAGCCUUGACCAAGCACUCUUUGGAAGAAAAGACUUGCAUCUUGAUUGGCCAACCCGCUUCAGUAUCUGCUUGGCAACUGCUAGGGGACUAGCUUAUCUUCAUGAGGAAUCAAGGCCAAGGAUCAUACACAGAGACGUGAAGGCAAGUAACAUUUUGCUUGAUGCUGAGUUGUGUCCGAAAAUAUCUGACUUUGGAUUGGCAAAGCUAUAUGAUGAUAAGAAAACUCACAUCAGCACCCGUGUUGCAGGAACCAUUGGCUAUUUGGCACCGGAGUACGCAAUGCGUGGCCAUCUCACUGAGAAGGCAGAUGUCUUUGGCUUUGGUGUAGUUGCUUUGGAAAUUGUCAGUGGAAGACCAAACUCUGAGAACAGCCAGGACAACAACAAGAUCUAUCUUCUUGAAUGGGCAUGGACUCUGUAUGAAAGCAACCAAAGUCUAGGUCUGUUGGAUCCAACCCUAGUAGAGUUUGAUGAAAAUGAAGCUUUAAGAACGAUAACAGUGGGACUCCUGUGCACACAAGCAUCACCAAUGAUGCGACCACCCAUGUCGAGGGUUGUAACUAUGCUUGCUGGGGAUAUCGAAGCGAGGCCUGUUGCAUCAAAACCAAGUUAUUUAACUGGCUGGGAUUUUAAGGACAUAACAUCCAGCAUCGAGGCUGAAAACACACCGUCUACUGGAUCUGAGCAUAGUGAUAACAAGAACAAGAAUAAUCUUAAUCCAGGUAUAGAGCUGGAGGCUUCUCCAUUGAAUAUCACUAAAUUCAGUGACAUUAUUGGGGAAGGAAGGUGACGAAUGUUGUCCCUUAAAACCUCCAUUCUGCUACUUCUCCUGCCUCUACCUUUGCCACAUAUUUCUAGCUCUAUAAAGUAGAUGCUGAAAUUGUGUGAAUUUCUGUAAUUCAUACCAUUUAUAUGUUGAUCAUUUGUGUGUGUACAAAUAUUGGCUUGCAAUAAGGCUGCAGUGUUUGUAACUUAUGGAUGUCAUUCCUAUUAUGUAGUAAUAUACUUCAAAGCUAGAGGGUUGUUUUCAAUUCAAUGUAGUAUAAUUAUUUCUUACACACCACCUCUAGCACGUGUCACACCGCCUACUCCAGCCAUGAUAUCAGCUCCUAUGUUUGCAUCCAGCUUCAAUUCAAUCUCAACACUAGCAACAGCACCAAAUGACUCCAAUCGGCGGAGCCAAAGUGGUAGCACUUCCGAAUCUUUCAGCAGUGCCUUCUUCCCAAAGAAAGAGUUCGACGCUGCAAGAAGAAUGACAACUGCAGCAGCAAACUCAGAAAUUCGUUUAGCGUUCUUUGCAGCAUGAAUGAGUUUCGUGUUGAGUUCCCUCGUAGAGCCAACAACCUACCUCCAAAAAGAGAGCGGCACUGAGCAAUGUGCCUCUGAUGCCACUUCUUGCCACUUCUAUCCUCAUAAUACCAUCCUUGGAAAUCCUCUGUUAUGAUAUUGUGAACUUAUAUUUCAGACUGCCUCUUCUUUUAUGAAAACUUGAUCAAUGUUCACUGUCAUGGUUCAUUAAUAGAAAUUUUAGACGGUG